AUGGCAGAAGACGCAGCGGCGCUGCUAGCCGACUUUGUCAGUUCGCUCGACAACCUCCCCAGCGAAGUGCAGCACAUCCUGCAAGAGAUCGGCCACAAGGAAGCCCGUACGAACGACGUCAAGAACAAGGCUCUCUCCCGCGAUCAGGCGAUCCAGAAGCAUGCCCGGCCCCUCGCUUCCGGGGGGCAGGGUUUGCUCGAACCGAAUCCAAAGGAGGACGAGCUGAUCAAAAAGAUACGGUCAGUUCCGGACGAUCGAGUCGUGUGUUCGUGUACAAGCCUUUCUGAUUCCGCACGUGGUCGCUGCUCGCACCACAGGCUCGAUCUAGACAAAGCCGAGACCUCGGCCAAAGAAAAAGUGGCCCUCGCUGAACGAGGCGUAAAACUCGUCAGUCCGCGUGGCUCACUGUCCUUCGUCAUCCUACAACACCCUACUCACACCAUCGUCCUGCCCCGAACCAGAUCUCCCGCCACCUCACCCGCCUCCAAUCCCAACUCGAGCUCGUCACCUCGGCCAUACCCCCGCUACCAACCCUCCCUUCCUUCGACCCCGUCAUGCCGAUCCUCCCAACCCCGACCCCCGUCUCCCAACCCCCGAACCCCAACUUCAAUCCCAACCAAGCCUCGCAAACCAGCUUUGGUGCCUACAACCACCCCGGUACACCAGGAGGUGGUGUCAAUUUUCAGCUUCAGAGCCAGGCGCAGAGGAAACCCGCACAAGGAGCGAACUUAGGAACGCCAGCUCAACCUUCACCUAUGCAGAUCCCGAUGCUGCAAGGACAAAUACAACAGCACCUCGCGGCCCAUUCGCCACAAGGUCAAUACGGCUUCGCGACUGGUGCUGGGAUCGCGACAGGUGCGGGAGGCCCAGGGACCCCGAUGGGUGGAGCGGCGAGAGGAGGACAAAUUAUCAAUCGACCUGGCACGGGCGCUCGGCCACCAAAUCAAUACCCUGCUCAGCAAGCUGGCACACCUCUCUCAGCCAACUCGAACCCUCUUCUCCAUCUCCAACAAACCCUCGGGGGAGGAGCGACGGGCGCCGCGAACCUCGCGAUGUUGCAGCAGCAGCAACAGCAACAGCAACAACAGCACGCGCACAUGCAGCAACAACAACAUCAAUUGCGGAUCCAACAACAGGCCCACGCGAUGCAACAACAACAAUUGGCGAAUCAACAGCAGUUGCAACAGUUGCAGCAACAGCAUGGGGCCAACGCAGCGAAUAACAAACGUAAGAGGCAGGACGAGGAGGUCGAAGCUGCUGAAGUCGAGGCGGAGGGGGAGGAUCUCACACCGUAUUGUUUCUGUCAUCGACCGUCGUUCGGAGAGGUGAGCGAGCUUUCAAGAGCAAAAGAUCGGCAGACGUGUGCUAACCCUCGCUCUCGUCCCCUUCUCUUCACAGAUGAUCGGAUGCGAUGCCCCGAAUUGCCAGAUCGAAUGGUUCCACCUCUCGUGCGUCGGGCUCAAAUCGACCCCCGAAGGCAGUUGGUAUUGUCGCGAUUGCGAACCCAAGAUGCAAAAGGGGGCGUCGAGGAAACGCCGAUGA